AACACGCUCAGCCAGAGAUGCUUCUGUUGCUAUCCCUGCUGAUCUGCUGGGUGCCACUAGGAGGCAACACCUCACCAAUCACCUGCUACAACGACCAGGGAGACGCUGUUGACUGGUUCUAUGUGUACAAGCUGCCUAAAGAGCAUGGCGAAAAAUCUCCCCAUCAGGGUGAGAUCUAUAUACUGCUAGACAAAGGGAGUGAAGGAUGGUCUAAUGGGAAUGGGACAGUAAACGACACCACGGGAGCUCUGGGCAGGACAGUCGGACAACUGUACUCACAAGGACAGAACACAGAAGUAGCGUACAUCCUUUACAAUGACCAGCCACCUGAGGACUUGGUGGACAGAUGGGUUGACAAUGGAAGAAGUGGGGGUCACACAAAAGGUGUUGUCUUGCUGGACAAGAAUCAGGGCUUCUGGUUGGUCCACAGCACCCCUCACUUCCCCCCUGCACAACAGGAAGGACAGUAUUAUUACCCCAGCAGCGGCGUGAAUAACGGACAAAACUUUAUCUGCGUUACCUACCCACUCGACCGCUUCCAGACCAUCGGAGAGCAGCUUCAGAUCAAUCAGCCUAAUGUGUACGACUGCAACGUCCCAGAGUCCUUGGCGUCCCUGGUGCCCGCACUGGCUGCUGUCUGUGCAAAAAGACAUCUGUCUGGUCACAUCUUUCCACAUAUGAAAACUGUAUCCAAUCGCAGCGUGACUCUGACCUCAAAGGAUGGAACCAACUUCAUCAGCUUUGCCAAAGGAGCCUCUUUUAAAAAUGACCUGUACCACUCCUGGGUGGCCCCCAGCCUCCAGUCAGACCUCCUGGUCCAGUUUUGGGUUCGCUCUACGGGCAUCCUGCCCUCUGACUGCUCGCUGGGCUGGAAGGUCCUGGACAUCACGAUACUCAACCCGGGGCAGACGUUCACCUUCAAGGCCAGUCAGGACCACUCCAAGUGGGCUGUCAGCCCCAAGGCAGCCGGGUCGAAGGGCGGAGGUGGCUGGGUGUGUGUGGGAGACAUAAACAGGAACGAGGCGGAGGAGAAGCGAGGCGGUGGCACGGUGUGUCUGCAGAACCCGGUGGUGUGGAAGGCUUACCGGACAGCGGCGCUGGAGUGCGAGGCUUGUGGAGGAGGAACGAUCCAGUGUUGACACCAUGCAGGAGCCCCAUGUGAUAAGGAAAGGGCCGUCAUUCGAUAAGGCUAAUAUCCAGCAUAUGGGUUUUUAAGUAAAGUUUGCACUUCUUUGGUACAAUAUGUAUAUUUCCUGUCUUGUAUGUCAGGAAAACUGAAAUCAAAAAAACACAUAUGCAUUUUUAAUUUAGGAUAAUUGCUACAAUUUUGCACGUUUGUGAUAAUCACAAUAUUUUUUUAAAGGUUCCCUGUGGAGUUAUGGAUCACGAUUAGUGUUGUGGAGCAAUAUUUUUAUGUGUGGGCUUAUCUGCACUUGGGCAUGUGAGUCAAACCCUCAAUAUAAUACAUUCAUGAUCAAGACCGUAGCAAAUUCAAGUGGCCAAACCAGGGAAUUACAACGUCACGUGAUGGCUCAAAAAGACUUUUCCCUCAUAGUCUUCCAUAGUGAGGGACGUCUGGAGGUCAGUGGGUACAGUUUUAUUUUACCUCACAACAAACGCCAAAUGAUCAGAAUUUGAUCCAUCUGGUCCGAUAACAUUUAGAAAUACUAGAGUAGAUGCACGAUUAUAUCGUUUUAUCUCGAUAAGCGGAGCACUAAACCGGAAGUAGCUGGCUCGGCCAAUGGAUGUCUCUAGUGCGCCUGCUCUCUGGGUUAGGCUUUUUUAAAUCAAGCCCUGGUCAUUUCAAAGCAGUAAGAAGAGUGGAAAUCCCUCAAGUUAGACAACUGAUCCAACAUUGGAAGGAAAUAGUGUAGUCAUCACUCACAGUAAAAGGCUGAGUUGAGGAAAUAUGCUUUAGGGGGUUUUAAUGCACAAAAAACAUUUUACUUGUUCAUUUAACUUCUUCAGAAUGAUUAUCUGUAGUUAUCAAGGGCUGUUAGAUCCUCCUCUUUAAACCAAAUGCAUACAUAACAGUGCUGAAGGAGGGCAAGUGGUCAAAUUGGACAGGAAGUAGAGGGCUUUACAGGAAAAUGGUGUUUAUAGCAAAAAACCACAGAGUACCACUUUAAAUGAAAGCAUUUGUUCAAGUGUCUUUAUAGCCGCUGGGUACUCUUUUAGCUCUAACUAAUGUUACCAGUUUAGUUUCAGCUGGUUUGUGGGUUCUCAGGGAGCGUGUCAAGCUUGGCUGGAAAAUGUAUUCAAAACUGGAUUUUAGACAAUGUUAAAUGUAUGAAUAAUGUGGGAGUAAUUGCACAAUGUAACAUUCAAUACACACACACACACACACUUCACAAACCACAGACACUGACGACAUUCAGCUGUGAGGAAUGCUUUAAUACUUUGUGUUUCAUGAAUGUGUGUGUUAUUAACUGGCUCUUCUUUUGUUUUGUGUUAUAGUUUUACAUUUCCACAUACAUUCCUUGAUUUUGUUUGAAGAUAAAGAUGCUGGCUAUCUUGAAUAAUAAUGAAAAUAAAAAUACUAAAAACAAAAGGUGAAAUUGUUUGUCGCUGAUGUAUAUUCAGCUUGCUUUGUUUACCUGAUCCAUGAUAAAAAUA